AUGCCUACAUAUGGUGGCUUCUUGGCGGCCUCCCUGGCGAAACUGGCACUAAUUGCACCAUUUUUUGCGCAGCAGUCAAUUGCUGGUAACGUUGAGGCCCGAACCGUCGAAGUUAUUGCAACCACGUAUCUUGACCUAGGCCAUUGCUACAAUGCAUGCACUACCAAGGCAUGGCAGGAGUGGCAGACACCAGCUCACAAGUCACCACCAUAUGCUACCCACACCUUGCCUGCCAAAGAAGGCUGUGUGACUACAUCGACAUCUACGAAGCACCCCGAGUGCCACACCUACUUCUGCCAGGACUUCGACUGCUGUCAAGACUUUGACAUCUUGCACCGGGUCCUCGUCUUCCAGUACUCCAUUGUCUUCGUCCAAGUGUACGACGAAGAGAGAAACGUCUACCACCAAGAGACAGUCUACGUCCAUAAGGAGAGAGUCAACAACUACGAGAGAGCCGACGUUUACAAAGAGAGAGUCGACAACCACGAGAGAGACGUCCACAAAGAGAGAACCGACUUCCACGAGGACAUGGCCUACAAGAAAACCACUCUCUUCUUCCAAGACUUUGACUACGAGGAAAGAACCAACUUCGACGAGCUCGUCGACUUGGUCUCCCAGCGAGCUUCUGUCUUCAACCAAGACUUGGACUACGAGGAAAGAACCAACUUCGACGAGCUCGUCGACUUGGUCUCCCAGCGAGCUUCUGUCUUCAACCAAGACUUGGACUACGAGGAAAGAACCAACUUCGACGAGCUCGUCGACUUGGUCUCCCAGCGAGCUUCUGUCUUCAACCAAGACUUGGACUACGAGGAAAGAACCAACUUCGACGAGCUCGUCGACUUGGUCUCCCAGCGAGCUUCUGUCUUCAACCAAGACUUGGACUACGAGGAAAGAACCAACUUCGACGAGCUCGUCGACUUGGUCUCCCAGCGAGCUUCUGUCUUCAACCAAGACUUGGACUACGAGGAAAGAACCAACUUCGACGAGCUCGUCGACUUGGUCUCCCAGCGAGCUUCUGUCUUCAACCAAGACUUGGACUACGAGGAAAGAACCAACUUCGACGAGCUCGUCGACUUGGUCUCCCAGCGAGCUUCUGUCUUCAACCAAGACUUGGACUACGAGGAAAGAACCAACUUCGACGAGCUCGUCGACUUGGUCUCCCAGCGAACCUUCGUCUUUAACCAACACUUGGACUACGAGAAAAGAGCCAACUUCCACGAGCACUCGGCCCAACAGCAGGUCCUCAUCUACUGA